AUGAAGAUUGUUGUCUUUCUGGACGUCCGGAGCGAAGCGCUUUGUACUGCUGUUGCCUCGGAGGCAGCCACCGUGGGGGAUUCCGUCGAACUUGUAAAUUGCCACAAUUCAGUAGUCCAGGUAUUACGUCGAAAGAAUAAGCAACAAGAAACAGUCAAUACUUUUAUAUGCCUCAUCACAGAGAAGGGGAGUUUGAAGGAUGCGGGCGUUGUUUACGCUCUGUUCCGUAGACGUAUAGCUGUUCUGUCACUUGAAGAAGGCAGCAUCGCCUCCACUUCGAUCCCCUUGCUGGAGACCAUUUCCUCCCUCCAUGUGGAUCUCUCGGGCGGCCUUUUGCAGGCACAGCUCCUGGCUGUGAAGGCAUUUUUUUCCUUCAACGCAAGCGUGAGCCAAGUAAUUGUAUUUGAGGGUGGGGAUGGGGUGGGGAAGGCAACGCAAGCGAGGCUUUUAGUUGACCGCCUUGUGGAUGAGGGACACCGUGUCUCAAGUAUUGAAUUCCCUUCAGAAAGAAAUCGCUAUGGUGAGCUUCUUCGUGAGGUUCUGUCAGGAAAAAAGGGCGGAAUACAAGAUCUGGAUCCCAAGCUGUUUAGUUUGUUAUUUUCCAUGAAUCGUUUUGCUUUUUUGCCUGAGCUUCAGUACUGGAUGUGCCGUGGGACGAAGAUUGUUCUGGAUCGGUAUUACACGGCAAAUUGUGGACAUCAGGCUUCAAAGUUCCCAGAGGAAGAACGAGCUGGAUUUAUUGGCCAUCUCCAAUUGAUGGAGGUCUCGUGGCUCCGGCUUCCUCCAGCAAACCUGGUCCUUUACCUUGAUCUCCCUCCACAUGCUGCGUUCUCUGCCAUGAAGGUGGAUCCGAACCGAGGAUCACUCGACAUUCAUGAGACUGCACAGCGCGCAUACAAGGAAAAUGUCAGAAAAACAUACCUGUGGUGCUGUGAAAACAUGUCCAACUGGUUUCAUACGGACUGCUGUGAUUGCGCAGGAUCACGUCUAAGUCGUGAAGAAACUCAUAAUAAGGUGUACGAAGUGAUUGAGCGACAGCUUAUUCCCAUAGCGUAG